CGAUUCGCCAAGUAAAGCUGUCAACGUCUGCUGUCCUGGGAAUCUACGAUAUAGUUCCGAAUUAUUUCUGCAUCAAUUUUGUAUAAGUUUUGCUACAAAUAAGUGGGUUUCAGAGAUCCCAAGGAACAUAUUGAACAAACGAUACGUAACAGCAACAAAAGAUGGUGCAAUUUAGUACUUUUCAUUUAUUAUUCCUGGCCGCGUGCCUACAAAUCACCCUCGCACUGAAGGAAGGCGAUUGUGAAGUGUGUAUUAAAACCGUAGAAAAAUUCGCAGCCACAUUAACAGACGACGUAAAGAAGGACCCGAAACUCAUAGAGAGAGACUUCAAGAAGUUCUGCAAAGGUUCGAAGAAUAAAGAGAAUAGGUUCUGCUACUAUUUAGGAGGUCUCGAGGAAUCGGCUACCGGCAUCCUCGGAGAGUUGUCUAAACCGCUUAGCUGGUCGAUGCCCGCUGACAAAAUUUGCGAAAAGCUGAAGAAGAAGGAUGCCCAGAUCUGCGACCUUCGAUUCGAGAAACAGAUUGAUUUAAAUAACGUCGAUCUCAAGAAACUGAAGGUUCGUGACUUGAAGAAGAUCCUAAACGACUGGGACGAGGUGUGCGAUGGUUGCAUUGAAAAGACGGACUUUAUUAAGAGAAUAGAAGAGUUAAAACCCAAGUACAUGGGUAGAUCUGAAUUGUAAUAAUUGGAUAUUUUAGUGAAUUAUUUCAUGGACUUUGAUGUGAUAUCUCAGAGCCUGUGGAUGCUAAAGUUCAAGUGAAGUUCAGAGAUCUCGUUUCUGAAUGUGUUCAAGUGAAUGAUGUUUGCAUUUACAGUAGAAUAAAUUAUUGUAUUUAAGUAAAUAUUUUUUUGAAUAUAAUGAUUUUUAUUU